AUGUCAACUGAAGCUAUCUCAGCAGCCACUGCUAGAAUCAGCAGCCUAACUCCAUCGGCAGAAACAUCCGCAAACUCUCAAACAGAAGGAAACAACGGAAACAAAAACCUUGACCAAACGGCCAACAAUGCACCCAGCGAUGCAUCAAAAGCCAAUGGAAAUCCUGCCCUAAAUGACAACACAGAAUCAUCAGGGACGAAGUACAAUAAGCAAAGUUUGAUUUCUAGUUACCUCAACAGAGGCCAAGACAAAGAUCCAAAAGCACCAAAGGAUCAAAUGGCAGAAGCGUCAAAGAACAAGGAAAAAGAAAAAGAAACCAGUAAGCAACACUCUAGCUUACAAAGUCAUCACUCAGUAUGA